AUUGCAUGCUCUACACACGUGGUUUUUAGUUGGGUCGUAAAAUACAGCGUGCAGUAGAAAGAACUAACUGUGUUCGUAGAAAAUGUCGUGGUUAUUUGGAAUUAAGAGAGAAACUCCAAACAUAGAUAUACCGUCCUUUAGUGCUGGAGGGGGUGGAGAUGAAAGUGGUGGUGGAAGUGGUGAUAAAGAACCUCCAAAAUCAGGAAAAAUGGAAUCGUACCGUUUUGAUUCUACGGCCUUGGAAAGAGCGGCUAAGGCAGCUAGAGAUUUAGAAAUGUCAAAACAUUCUAGAGAAGCCUUAGAGUUAUCAAAAAUGCAAGAAACAACACAACAGUUAGAACAUCAAAGAAAAAUAAAAGAAUAUGAAGCACACAUUGAACAGACCAAAACAGAACAAAUUAAAGUUCAGCAAGAAGAGCGUCGUAAAACUCUAGUCGAAGAAACUAAACAACAUCAACAGGUAUUAAAUACUUUUGUUAACUAAACACACUCAAGAAAACCUUUAAAUAAGCAGCCGUAUUUAUUAAAUUCUAACCAAAGAGCAAAUGAAGAAAAUUUACGAAAACAAGAAGAGUCGGUUGCAAAACAAGAGGCAUUGAGGAAAGCUACUUUGGAACAUGAACUUGAAACUCGUAAUAAAUAUGACAUGAAGAAAAUUGAAGCAGAAAUGAAAGCCAAAGCUAAGGUUGAUAGAGAGAACCAAGAUUUAUAUUUAGAACAGAUUCGGUUGAAAGCUGCUGAGAAUCGUACAACAGUAUUAGAAUCUAUCAAGACUGCAGGGUCAGUUUUAGGUUCUGGUUUUCAAGCAUUUAUUGCAGAUUGGGAAAGAGUAUCUGCAACUGUAGCUGGUUUAACUUUACUCGCUCUUGGUGUGUAUACAGCAAAAAGAGGAACAGGUGUAGCUGCCAGAUUUAUAGAAGCCAGAUUGGGAAAACCUGCUCUGGUGAGAGAGACUUCCCGCAUAACACUUAUCGAUGCAAUUAAGCAUCCUGUGUCAACUGCUCAAAGAAUUCUUAGUAAACCUACAGAUGCUCUGAAAGGAGUUGUUUUAAAGCCAUCCAUAGAGGAACGACUAAGAGAUAUUGCUAUUGCAACUAGGAACACAAAGAAAAAUAAGGGAAUGUAUCGAAAUGUAUUGAUGUAUGGACCACCGGGUACAGGGAAAACGUUAUUCGCAAAACGUUUAGCAAUACAUUCAGGGAUGGAUUUUGCAGUUAUGAGUGGUGGUGAUGUUGCACCGAUGGGACGAGAAGGAGUGACCGCAAUCCACAAAAUGUUUGACUGGGCUUCUAGUAGUAGACGGGGACUACUACUAUUUGUUGAUGAAUCUGAUGCAUUCCUUAGAAAACGAAGUUCGGAAGUAAUUAGUGAAGAUCUUAGAUCUGCUCUUAAUGCCUUUCUUUAUAGAACUGGAGACCAAUCACAUAAAUUUAUGUUAGUUUUAGCUAGUAAUAUACCAGAACAGUUUGAUUGGGCAAUCAAUGACAGAAUUGAUGAAAUGGUAGAAUUUGAAUUGCCAGGCAGAGACGAAAGAGAAAGAAUGGUGCGUCUCUACUUUGACAAGUAUGUGCUCCAACCAGCAGCUGAAGGAAAAAGAAGGCUAAAAGUUGACAAAUUUGACUACGGCAAGUUGUGCUCUGACAUUGCAGAAUUGACGGAUGGAUUGUCUGGCAGAGAAAUAGCCAAAUUGGGAGUGACUUGGCAGGCUGCAGCAUAUGCUUCCGAAGAUGGCAUACUCACAGAGAAAAUGAUAAUGGACAGAGUCUGGGAUGCAGUGAAGCAGCACAAGCAGAAAGUGGAAUGGCAGACAGAAGAGGAGCUGAAGAAGCGGACACCCAGUGGCCGUUCUUGGAAGGACGCUGCAUCAGCCAUGGUGCCUCCUCCAGCCAGUAUAGAAAAAAGUUCCAGUAGCGAAAAUUAAUUUAGUUCAAAUAUUUCAUUCCAUUUUAAUAUAUAAAUCAUGCUCAUAAUAGAUGUUAUAUAAUAAAUGGAAUAUAUAUAUAUUUAUAGAUAAUUUAGUAAAUGUAACUUUAAAAUAAAAUCAUCUCAUUUUUAUUAGAA